AUGGUUAAAAUCUCAUCCUCAUUGCUCCAAUUCAAACAAUUUUACCCAUUCGUAAAAUAAUUUGUAUCGAUCUAAACUCUAAAAAAUAAAUUGUUUUAUCAGCCUUAAGGGUUCCACUUUAGGUCAAAUUAUGACUAUCAACUUUGUAGCACUGGUACUCUUAGUGAUUUGUUUGAUCGAUGCAUAUAGCCGUGCAGUGUUAUUAGUGAAAGGAAGGAUGGAUGUGCUUUCAGAGGCAGAGGAAUUGGAUUUACAGAGGCAACUCGCAACUCUAAAUAAACCUCCUAUCCAAACUAUCCAUGCUCCAUGGGGCGAUAUAUACGACUGCAUCGAAUUCCACAAACAACCUGCAUUUGAUCAUCCUUUAUUGAAGAAUCAUACCUUUAAGAUGGGAGAAGAGAUUGUUUCCACAAAGUCACCAAAACUUGAAAUGUUGACGAAUCAAGAUGCUGAAUGCCCUAAAGGGACAAUUCCUAUUCGUCGGACAACUAGGGAAGAUUUAAUCAGAACCAGAUCUUUAUCGUCAAAUGCAGCUCCUGAUAAGCAAUAUAGAGCCGGUAUUACGUACAAAGCGAAAGGAAUUGGUGAAUCAAUUUAUGGAGCAGGUGGAUUGUUUAACGUUUGGACUCCUAGUGUAACCCAAGACCAAUCUAGCUCAACUGAAAUCGCUGUGCAGUCAGGCUCACCGGAGGAGCUCAAUGUCAUCAAAUAUGGAUGGACUGUAGAUCAAGAACUAUAUGGUAAUAUUAUCACUCGGAGUUUUGCAUAUUGGACAGGAGAUGGUGGUAAAAAUACAGGUUGCUACAAUACUCUUUGCUCUGGUUUUGUCCAAGUUCAUGAUAAAUAUACUCCGGAUAUGCCUAUUUACAACACUUCGACAAUUUGUGGAACACAAAUUGCAUUGAGGGUAUCUAUAUAUCUGGAUCGACAAACUGGAAGAUGUUAUUUAACACUCCUUGAUAGCAUUCAAAUUGGAUAUUGGCCUAUUGAGCUAUUCCCAGCAUUUGCACCAGGAGCUACUUAUAUUUACUGGGGUGGUCGUGUGAAAGCAGGUAAAAACGGAAUUACUCCUCCAAUGGGUAGUGGUCGCAUACCUAAUGAAUAUCCUGCUUGUAGCGGGUUUUUUCAACACCUUAAAUACAUAGACACGAAUAAUCAACAACUACAACCAGAACAAAUUGAACACAUUGUCGAGUGUCAUGAGCACUAUGCGGCUGAAUAUUACCCCGACGAUAAUAUCCUUCACUUCGGAGGAGAUGGUGGUGAUAAUUGUUCAUCCAAUUGACUUAGUUAAUUAUUUCGUUGAUGGAAGUUGUUGAAUGAGGAAAAAAUAAUGUUCAGAGCUUCUUUGGUUAUAAUCAUUUUUCAUAAUUUAACUGAGACGUUAUUUUCAAUAUGAAAUUAUAUUUUUCGUGGUUUGGAA